AUUCGGCUAUACCGCAAGAUCGAUUAGAUAGAAGGCUAUUAAGAUAAUGUUGAACAGCCUAAUCUUCAUAUCGAAAUAUAACGAGUCUAGUCCGAGCUGUGACUGUAUCUGAAUGCACCUCAAAGGGUCAUGUUGUAUCUGAUAUCAAACUGACUUCGAUCAUCAGUACCAUCUUGAGAUUUUGGGAUUAUAGAUGUCAGCGACGUUGUACAAGUAAUUUACUAUUGUAUGAAAAAAAAAAUAUUCGAUCCACCAAGCCAAGUUAUAUUUAUCUCAGUAAGGGCAUGAAUUGAACUAAAAUGCCAAUCUAUUGUGAACCUACCACAAAUCGAAGUGUUCAAAAUGUUUGCACCUAAAGAGAGAUAAGAUUUCGUAUUAUCAAAAUGUAUAGAUUAGAAACUAAUGACUCCUCCAUGGAUUUCGUACAUUUCAAACAAAGUGUAGCUAUGCUCUUAGCACCAACACGAAAGAGCGUGUGUACAUUAUGAAAUCAGCGUCAACAUGGAUUGUAUAAAGUGCGCAGUCAACGAAUCGAAGCCAGUCAGACAAGUUUUGCGCUUGAUCGCGUCGAGUGUUAUUCGAUUCUAUUCGCUUCUAUUCGAACUUUGAAAUGCUCUCUUUGAUUAUCUUAGGCCUCUCGCUAUUGGCGUUGGGCUGGUACUAUCUCAAACAUCAUUACUCUUAUUGGGAACGACAAGGCUUUCCCACCGAUAAAAAUGCAUCUAUUCCCUUUGGAUGUCUCGGUAGCGUCUGGAGAAGAGAGAAGGCCAUGGGCUUGGCUGUACACGAUGUUUACUUAAAGAGUAAAGAACGUUUUCUCGGUACCUAUUUACUUUUCCGUCCGGCUGUACUAGUGCGUGACGCUGAGCUAGCUCGACGAGUGUUGGCUCAAGAUUUCGCAAGUUUCCACGAUCGCGGUGUAUAUGUUGACGAGGAGAAGAAUCCAUUGUCGGCAUCGAUCUUUGCCUUACCCGGCCAGAGCUGGCGUUCUAUGCGACAGAAACUUUCACCCUGUUUCACCUCCGGCAAGCUAAAGGCAAUGUACAGCACAGGAGAGGAUAUUGGAGACAAGAUGGUGAAUCACUUGAAGAAAGAACUUCCGGAACAAGGUUUCAAGGAAGUGGACCUUAAGGACGUGAUGCAAACAUAUGCCAUUGAUAUCAUCGCUUCCACCAUCUUCGGGAUGGACAUCAACAGUUACGAGCAGCCAAACAACAAGUUUAAGAAGCUAGUUUCCGCUGCCCGAGUCAAUACCAGAUUUACGGCUCUAUUUGGAAUGCUAAUAUUCCUGGUUCCUUCAGUCGCACGGCUGAUGUUCCGCCUUGGCUUGCAGAAUCCUGUUGGAUUAGCAAUGUUAGCCAUUGUUAAGGAGACCAUGGAGCAAAGAGAGAAACACGGCAUAGUGCGCAAGGACAUGAUGCAGCUGCUCAUGCAGUUAAGGAACAAUGGCAGCAUCGAUGAGGACGACCACAAAAUCUGGAGCUUAGAGAAGACAGAUGACGGCCGUUUAAAAAGCAUGUCGCUAGAAGCAAUUACAGCGCAAGCUUUUAUAUUUUAUAUUGCUGGUCAGGAGACAACGGGAUCAACAGCUGCAUUCACAAUUUUUGAGCUUGCUCAGCAUCCGGAACAUUUGAAGCGUCUUCAAGAUGAGGUAGAUGAGACGUUGAAGCAGAACGAUGGACAAAUUACCUACGACGUGCUGAACAAGAUGGAGUUCCUUGACCUAUGUUUGAAUGAAACGUUGCGCAAAUAUCCUGGUCUUCCUCUGCUAAACCGAGAGUGUACUAAGGACUUUACUUUGCCGGACACGGACCAUGUGAUUAAGAAGGGCACUCCCGUCGUGAUCUCCCUCUAUGGCAUUCACCGCGACCCCGAGUACUUCCCGGAGCCCGACAAAUAUGAUCCGAAUCGAUUUGCAGAGGAGACAAAGAACUACAAUCCUGUGGCAUACAUGCCAUUCGGUGAGGGACCCAGGAUCUGCAUUGCACAGCGAAUGGGCCGCAUUAACUCAAAGCUUGCCAUCGUAAAAGUACUACAACAUUUUAAUAUCGAAGUGAUGAGCAAACGGGAGGUGAAGUACGAAGCCUCUGGCAUUGCCCUUAUGCCAAAGGAGGGCGUAAAGGUGCGUCUCUCUAAAAGGACCCCCGUGUCUCAAUGAAAUAUUUGCCGAAGUUACGAAUUGAAUAAAAUUCGACAAUGCCGCAAAUUCGAUUAGAUAAAAGGCCAUUAAGAUAGUGGUGCGAAAUAGAUAACUAAUAGUAUUUAAACCUCCUUAUCGAUGUUACAAAUAUAUAUAUGUAGAGUCAGAGCUGUGAAUGUUAAUGGAGUCAACACUUUUUAUUAAAUGCUUCAAAUUGUUGCACUUGUAUUAUCUGUUAGAUUAGUCAGCACAUAAAUUUAUUUAUAAUUAUUACAGAUUAAAGGUACUUAUUU